UGUUUCCACAAUGAUUCCCGAAGAUUUUGCAUCUUGUACAGCAAUCGCUGUUUAAAACACAGGGUGGUGUUUCCGCAGCGCGCCUUUGACCAGGAGCAUCUGCGCGCCUUCGAGCUGAAGCUGCAGGCGCGUGACCGGGGCUCUCCCGCGCUCAGCCCCAACGUGAGCCUGCGCGUGCUGUUGGGCAACCGCAACGACAAUGCGCCCAGGGUGCUGUACCCAGCGCUAAGGCCCGACUGUUGGGCGCUCUUCAACACACUGCGGCGCGCUGCGCAGCCGGGCUACCUGGUCACCAAAGGGAUGGCGGUGGAAGCAGACUUGGGGCACAACGCCUGCCUGACUGUCCUACCACGUGUUGCAGGCCAACGAGCCCAUCCCGGGGCUGUGCACAAGCGUGAACUUUGGGCAACAGGGACGCGUCCUGCCUGCAACCGCCUACUGAUCUCUGUGCGCAAUGGAGGACAGCCACCCUUGGCCUCCGCCACGCUAUUCCUGGUCUUCGCAGACGGUCUGCAGGAGGCGCUGCCGGACCUCAGCGAUCACUAUGCAAAGUUACACACUGAAUCCAAAAUUAAUUUUUAUUUGGUAAUCGCCUUAGCUUUAGUUAUUUUUAUUCUUCCUGACUGCAUUAUUUGUGCUAGUUUUCAAGUGCCGGAAAUCCAAAAAUGACCGUGUCUUAAAUUCUUUCACAGCAGGUCUCUACCCAGCUCUAGGCCCCAGGUUUUCAGGGUAACUAACUCUAGGAUGCCAUAUCCUACAAUUCCAGCACUGAGUUCACUUUUUUAAAGCCCUGCUUUUCAGGACUGAAUAGUAACCUCACUGCAGGAAUGCCCUCAGGGAAAAGAGCUGUAUCUGAUUGCUUGGACUAGAGUCCACCCUCCAAAGUGAGAAAUACUUGAUGAAAUCAAGUCCAAUAACAAGUGAGUUUUUUUCCAGCAUGAACUAUUUUCAAAGAUCUCAGGGAAAAGCAUUUCAGGCAGCAAGGUCAAAGGCACUAAGGUGAGAAAGUUGUUUGGCAUGUGGUGAACUUGAGGGACAGCGGUCAGGGAUGACUGGAGUGUCAGAGGGGCUGCACCAUUUAGGGCCUGAUAGGCCAUGGUAGGCAAAAUAUUGAAAGACACUGGAAGCAUCAAAAGAGAUGGAAGGAAUACACUGAGCUACUGUACCAAAAAGAAUUGUUCAAAGUUUGACCAUUUCAGGAGGUAACAUAUGGUCAAGAAAUUGAUGGUAUUGAAAGAAGAAGUCCAAGAUGCAAUGAAGGCAUUGGCAAAAAGCAAGGCUCCAUGAAUUAACAAACUAUCAACUGAAAUGUUUCAACAAAUGAUACAAUGCUGGAAGGGCUCACUCAUCUAUGCCAAGAAAUUUGGGAAAUAGCUACCUGGCCAGCCAGUUGGAAGAGAUUUAUAUUUGUGCCCAUUCCAAAGAAAGGUGAUCCAACAGAAUGUGGAAAUUAUCAAACAAUAUCAUUAAUAUCACACUGAAGUAAAAUUUUGCUGAAGAUAAUUAAAAAACAGUUGCAACAGUACGUCGACAGGGAACUAUCAGAAAUUCAAGCCAGAUUCAGAAGAAGACAUGGAAAGAGAGAUAUCAUCGCUGAUGUCAGAUGGAUCCUAGCUGAAAGCAGAGAUUACUAGAAAGAUGUUUACCUGUGUUUCAUCGACUAUGCAAAGGCAUUUGACUGUGUGGAUCGUAAUAAACUAUAGAUAACACUGAAGAGAAUGGGAAUUCCAGAACACUUAAUUGUGUUUAUGCAGAACCUCUACAUAGAUCAAGAGGCAGUCUUUCCAACAGAACAAUGGGAUACUGUAUGGUUUAAAGCCAGGAAACGUGUGUGUCAGGGUUGUAUCCUUUCACCAUACUUAUUCAACCUGUAUGCUGAGCAAAUAACCCAAGAAGCUGGACUAUAUGAAGAAGAAUGUGGCAUCAGGCUUGGAGGAAGACCCAUUAACAACCUGUGAUAUGCAGAUGACACAAACCUGUUUGCUGAAAGUCAAGUGGACUUGAAGCAUUUACUGAUGAAGAUCAAGGACUACAGCCUUUAGUAUGGAUUACACCUCAAGAUAAAGAAAGCAAAAAUCCUCACAACUGGACUAAUAAGCAACAUUGUGAUAAACAGAGAAAAUAUUGAAAUUGUCAAGGAUUUCAUCACACUUGGAUUCAUAAUCAAUACCCACGGAAGCAGCAGUCAAGAAGUCAAAUGAUGUAUGUAUUGGGCAAAUCUGCAGCAAAAGUCUUCUUUAAAGUGCUAAAAGCAAAGAUGUCAACUUGGGGAUCAAGGUGCAUUUGACCUUGGUGGAGUAGUGGUUAAGUACUACCGCUGCUAACCAGUUCGAAUCUACCAGGUGCUCCUUGGAAACUCUAUGGGGCAGUUCUACUCUGUCCUAUAGGGUUGGAAUCAACUGGACACAGUGGGUUUGUUUGUUUUUGUUUUUGACCUAAGCCAUGGUGUUUUCAAUCACCUCAUAUGCAUAUGAAAGCUGUACAAUGAAUAAGGAAGACCAAAGAAGAAUUGAAGCCUUUGAAUUAUGGUGUUGGCAAAGAAUAUUGAAUAUACCAUGGACUGCCAGAAGAACGAACAAAUCUAUCUUGGGAAAAGUACAGCCAGAGUGCUCCUUAGAAGAAAGGAUGGCGAGACAUUGUCUCAUGUACUGUGGACAUGUUAUCAGCAGGAACUGUCCCUGGAGGAGGACAUCAUGCUUGGAAAUUAGAGGGUGAGUAAAAAAAAGGGAACACCCUCACUGAGAUGGAUUGACACAGUGGCUGCAACAAUGGGCUCAAACAUAGCAAGGAUUGUGAGGAUGGUGCAAGAUAGGGCAGUGUUUCGUUCUGUUGUACCGAGGGUUGCUAUGGGUCGAAACUGACUCCAGGGCACCUAACAACAACAGGCCAUGAUCAGGCCCUCCUUACCAUGCUUGGCUGCUAACUCAAGCUUGGUUAGAAUCCACCUCUGAAGGAAGUCCUGGUGAUUUCCUUCAGCAGAGUUGACCCGUUGAAAACCCUGUGAGCACAGCUCUGCCCUGACACACAGGGAGCUGCCAGGAGUUUGAACUGACGCUAUGGCAAUUCAUUUGGUUUUUUGGUUUAGGCCAUGGUAAUGUGUUUUGAUUGUAUUUCAUGAUUUUGCUUCAAUAUUCAAAUUGUGUUGACAAAGGGGAGAAAUCUUGAUUCAAUCCACUGUUGGGUGGAAAGGAAAAGGUAGGUAGAGAGAAAUUUAGACUUUAUCAGAAAGCUUCUCUGAAAGUUGGUGUAUGCCAUUUUUAAACCCUGAGGUAAAGGAAGUCAAUUUCUGACAAUUUUUAAGUAAUGUUUUCCAUAUUCUCUUAGAUUUUCUUUUUAUCGUUAUAAAAUAAAAGAUGCACAACUCACUGUCACUUCUAAACAGGACAUGUGUUUUUCUUUUUCUCACUGCAAAAAAAAUCCGGCUGAUAAAGUUAACCUAUCAUUUCAACAAAUUUAGGAAUAAGACUAAUGGAAGUUACUAGUCCUAACCUUGAAAAUUAUUGUUCCACUGACGGGUUUCUUAUGACUGGGUGCUCCAGUCUCUUUCUCACUCUAAGCUUUGCUCCUCAAACUGCGUUAUGAGAACCAGCAGAAGUUAGGCUGUGUUUUGUUUCCCACCCCUGUCCACUCCGUAGUUCUUUAGAGUAAAAAACAGGGCUUCCCUCCUAUAACCCAUUUAAGGCUUGGCAACUUAGGCCAGCAGAAAUGCUUUAAGUAAGUAAGAACUAGCAUAGAAUGCUAGAGAUGGACUAUUCCUUGUAAUCAGGUGAUUACACAAAUGGAUUCAAAUAAUGUUAGCACAGCAUUUCACUGAACAUUCUGUUUACAAACACUUCAAAACUUAUGGAAUAACAUUUGCAUACAAAAUGCCUUAUUAUAUAAUUAACUAUUUCAAUGUCAAUGAUAUAUUGGAUAUUUGACUGAUUAGGGGAACAAUAGUGAAUCGGAAGCUUGCAAUCUAAAUUAUGAACCUCCUCCCCCAAAAAAGAAAACAGUUACCUUUGGAAAAGCAAAUUAGGUAAAGUAAUACAAAAACUCUGAAAAGAAUGAAAAGAGAGUUACUGGUAAGUCAUGAAAAAAAAUAACAUCAGUUGUUGUUAUAGCUGGGUGCUGUCAAGUCAGUUCCGACUCAUAGUGACCCUAUGGACAACAGAAUGAAACACUGCCCUGUGCUGCGUCAUCCUUACAGUCAUUAUGUUUGAGCCUAUUGUUGCAGCCACUGUUUCAAUCCAUGACAUUCGGGGUCUUCCUCUUUUUCACUGAUCCUCUACCUUGCCAAGCAUGAUGUCCUCUCCAGGGACUCGUCCCUUCUGAUAACAUGAGACAAGGUCUCGUCAUUCUCACAUCUAAGGAGUACCCUGCCUGUACUUCUUCCAAGACAAACGUGUUAGUUCUUCUAGCAGUUCACGGUGUAUUCAAUAUUCUCCACCAACACCAUAAUUUAAACGCAUCAAUUCUCCUUCAGUCUUCUUUAUUCAUUGUCCAGCUUCCCCAUGUGUAUGAGGUGAUAGAAAGCACUAUGGCUUGGAUCAGGCACAGCUUAGUCCUCAUGGUGACAUCUUUGUUUUUUAAAACACUUUAAAGAGGUCUUUUGAAGCAGAUUUGCCCAAUGCGAUAUGUCAUUUGAUUUCUUGACUGCUGCUUCCAUGGGCGUUGAUUGUGAGACCAAGUAAAAUGAAAUCCUUGACAAUUUCAAUAUUUUCUCUGUUUAUCACAAUGUUGCUUAUUUGUCCAGUUGUGAGGAUUUUUGCUUUCUUUAUUUUGAGGUGUAAUCCAUACUAAAGGUUAUAGUCCUUGAUCUUCAUCAGUAAAUGCUUCAAGUCCACUUGACUUUCAGCAAACAGAUUUGUGUCAUCUGCAUAUCACAGGUCAUUAAUGGGUUUUCCUCUAAGCCUGUUGCCACAUUCUUCUUCAUAUAGUCCAGCUUCUUGGGUUAUUUGCUCAGCAUACAGGUUGAAUAAAUAUGGUGAAAGGAUACAACCCUGACACACACGUUUCCUGAUUUUAAACCAUACAGUAUCCCAUUGUUCUGUUGGAAAGACUGCCUCUUGAUCUAUGUAGAGGUUCUGCAUAAACACAAUUAAGUGUGUUCUGGAAUUAACAUUCUUUGCAAUGUUGUCCAUAAUCUGUUAUGAUUCACGCAGUCAAAUGCCUUUGCAUAGUCAAAAAAAUACGGGUAAACAUCUUUCUGGUAUUCUCUGCUUUCAGUCAAGAUGCCUCUGGCAUCAGCAAUGAUCUCCCUCAUUCCAUGUCCUCUUCUGAAUCUGGCUUGAGUUUCUGGCAGCUCCCUGUUGAUGUACUGCUGCAACUGUUUUUGAAUUACCUUCAGCAUUUUUUUUUCAGCAUAAUUUUACUUAAGUGUGAUAUUAAUGAUACUGUUUGAUAAUUUCUGCCUCCUUUUGGGUCACCUUUCUUUGGAAUGGGCACAAAUAUGGAUCUCUUCCAGUCAGUUGACCAGGUAUCUGUCUUCUAAUUUUCUUGGCAUAGACGAGUGAGCACUUCCAGUGCUGCAUUCAUUUGUCAAAAUGUCUCAAUUGGUAUUCAGUCAAUUCCUGGAGCCUUGUUUUUCUCAAAUGCCUUCAGUGAAGCUUGGACUUCUUCCUUCAGUACCAUCAGUUCUUGAUCAUAUGCUACCUCUGAAAUGGUUGAACUUCGAUCAGUUCUUUUUGGUACAUUGACUUGGUGAAUUCCUUCAAUCUACUUUUGAUACUUCUUGCAUCAUUCAAUAUUUUACCCAGAGAAUCCUUCAAAAUUGCAACUUGAAGCUUGAAUUUUUUUUUUUUUCAGUUCUUUCAGCUUGAGAAAUGCCAAGCAUGUUCUGUCUCUGGUUUUCUAACUCUAGGCCUUUGUAUAUUUCAUUAUAGUACUUUGGCUGCUCAAGCUGCCCUUUGAAAUCUGUUCAGCUCUUUUACUUCAUCAUUUCUUCCAUUCACCUUAGCUACUCUAUGUUCUCUUAGAGUAGUUUUCAGAGUCUCUUCUGACUUUCAUUUUGGUAUUUUCUUUCUUCCCUGUCUUUUUUUUUUUCCUUGCCCUUCUCUCUCUUUUUUUAGUUUUUAUUGUGCUUUAAGUGAAAGUUUACAAAUCGAGUCAGUCUCAUACAAAAAUUUAUAUACACCUUGCUAUAUACUCCUAAUUGCUCUUCCCCUAAGGAGACAGCACUCUCCUUCCCUCCACUCCAUUUUUGUGUCCAUUUGGCCAACUUCUGAUCCCCUCUGCCCUCUCAUCUCCCCUCCAGACAGGAGAUGCCAACAUAGUCUCAUGUGUCUACUUGAUCCAAGAAGCUCACUCUUCACCAGUAUCAUUUUCUAUCCCAUAGUCCAGUCUAAUCCCUGUCUGAAGAGUUGGCUUUGGGAAUGGUUCCUGUCUUGGGCUAACAGAAGAUCUGGGGACCAUGGCCUCGGGGUCCUUCUAGUCUCAGUCAGACCAUUAAGUCUGGUCUUUUUACGAGAAUUUGAGGUCUGCAUCCCACUGCUCUCCUGCUCCCUCAGGGGUUCUCUGUUGUGUUCCCUGUCAGGGCAGUCUUCGGUUGUAGCCAGGCAUCAUCUAGUUCUUCUGGUCUCAGGCUGAUGUAGUCUCUGGUUUAUGUGGUCCUUUCUGUCUCUUGGGCUCAUAAUUACCUUGUCUUUGGUGCUGUCCAUUCUCCUUUGCUCCAGGUGGGUCGAGACCCAUUGAUGCAUCUUAGAUGGCUGCUUGCUACCAUUUAAAACCCCAGAAGCCACUCUCCAAAGUGGGAUGCAGAAUGUUUUCUUAAUAGAUUUUAUUAUGCCAAUUGACUUAGAUGUCACCUGAAACCAUGGUUCCAAAACCCCUGGCCCUGUACUCUGGCCUUCAAAGCAUUCAGUUUAUUCAAGAAACUUCUUUGCUUUUAGUGUAGUCCAGUUGUGCUGACCUUGCCUGUAUUGUGUUGUCUUUCCCUUCACCUAAAAUAAUUCUUAUCUACUAUCUAAUUAGUGAAAACCCCUCUCCCUCCCUCCCCCUCUCGUAACCAUCAAAGAAUAUUUUCUCCUCUGUUUAAACUAUUUCUCCAGUGAUUUUAAUAGUGUUCUUAUACAAUAUUUGUCCUUUUGCAACUGACUAAUUUCACUCAGCAUAAUACCUUCCAGAUUUCUCCAUGUUAUGAAAUGUUUCAGGGAUUCAUCACUGUUCUUUAUCAAUAUGUAGUAUUCCAUUGUGUGAAUAUACCAUAGUUUGUUUAUCCAUUUGUCUGUUGAUGGGCACCUAGGUUUUUUCCAUCUUGUAGCUAUUGUGAACAGUGCAGCAAUGAACAUGAGUGUGCAUAUAUCUAUUUGAAUGAGGGCUUUUAUUUCUCUAGGAUAUAUUCCAAGGAGUGGGAUUGCUGGAUCUUAUGGUAAUUCUAUUUCUAGUUUUUUAAGGAUGUGCCAAAUCGAUUUCCAAAGUGGUUGUACUGUUUCAUGUUUUACAUUCCCACCAGCAGUGUAUAAGUGUUCCAAUCUCUCCACAACCUCUCCAAUAUUUAUUAUUUUGUGUUUUUUGGAUUAAUGCCAACCUUGUUGGAGUGAGAUGGAAUCUCAUUGUAGUUUUGAUUUGCAUUUCUGUAAUGGCUAAUAAUCGUGAGCAUUUCCUCAUGUAUCUUUUAGCUACCUGAAUGUCUUCUUUAGUGAAGUGUCUGUUCAUAUCCUUUGCCCAUUUUUUAAUUGGGUUAUUUGUCUUUUUGUAGUUGAGUUUUUGCAGUAUCAUGUAGAUUUUAGAGAUCAGACGCAGAUCAGAAAUGUCAUAGCUAAAAACUUUUUCCCAGUCUGUAGGUACUCUUUUUACUGUUUUGGUGAAGUCUUUGGUUGAGAAUAGGUGUUUGAUUUUUAGGAUCUCCCAGUUAUCUAGUUUUUCUUCUGCAUUGUUAGUAAUGUUUUGUAUACUGUUUAUGCCAUGUGUAGGGCUCCUAACGGUGUCCCUAUUUUUUCUUCCAUGAUCUUUAUCGUUUUAUAUUUUAUAUUUAAGUCUUUGACCCGUUUUGAGUUGUUUUUGUGCACGGUGUGAGGUAUAGGUCUUGUUUCAUUUUUUGGCAGAUGGAUAUCCAGUUAUGCCAGCACCAUUUGUUAAACAGAUUAUCUUUUCCCCAUUUAACUGACUUUGGGCCUUUGUCAAAUAUCAGCUGCUCAUAUGUGGAUGGAUUUAUGUCUGGAUUCUCAAUUCUGUUCUCCCCUGUCUUUUUAAUGACUUUUUGCUUUCUUCAUGUAUGAUGUCCUCCCAGACUUGUCUGAUCUUUAGUCAUUAGUGUUCAAUGCGUUGAAUCUAUUCUUGAGAUGGUCUCCAAAUUCAGGUGGGAUAUACUCAAGUUCGGAAUUUGGCUACCACGGACUUGUUUUAAUUUUCUUCAGUUUCAACUUGAACUUGCAUAGGAGCAAUUGAUGGUCUGUUCUGCAGUUGGCCUCUGGCUGUGUUCUGGCUGAUGAUAUUGAGCUUCUCCAUCAUCUCUCUCUGCAGAUGCAGAUUUGAUUCCUGUGUGGUCCAUUCAGGGAGGUACAUGUGUAUAGUAACUGUUUAUGUUGUUGAAAAGGGUAUUUGCAAUGAAGAAGUUGUUGAUCUUGCAGAAUUCUGUCAUGUGAUUUCCCAUGUCAUUUCUAUCACCAAGGCCAUAUUUUCCAACUACCAAUCUCCCUUCUUUGUUUCCAACUUUCACGUUCCAAUCACCAGUAAUUAUCAAUGCAUCUUGAUAGGGAGAUGUAUAAAAAUGUGUCUGAUUGGUCAGUCACAGUAGGGCUCCAAAUUGGCAUGGAUUCUGUAGUUUAUCUAAGCUAUAUUAAUUUUACUAUAAAUGCUAUCUUGGUGUUGGUCUCUAAAAAGAAUUCAGCAAACCUGAUAAUUUGGCAUCUUCAACCUGAAUUCUGAUGCUCAGUUGAAGAAUCUACUAAAGUGGUGGCUUGUGUGUUGCUGUGAUACUGGAAGCUUUGCCACUGGUAUUUCAAAUACCAGAAGGGUCACGCUUGGUGGACGCAUUUCAGUGGAGUUUCCAGACUAACACAAACUAGGAAGAAGGACCUGGCGGUCUACUUCUGAAGAAAUUGGCUGGUGAAAACCUUAUGAGUAGCAGCAAAAUAUUGUCUGAUAUAGUACCAGAAGAUGAGCCCCUCAGGUUGGAAGGCACUCAAAAUAUGAUGGCACAGAUCCAGGCAGUGUUUUGCUUUUCUGUACAUAGAGUCAAUAUGCGUAGGAACCGGCUCCACAGCACUUAACAACAACAACAGCUAAAGCUUGGAAUCCAAGAAAAGGUAAGCGUCCAAGACAAAUAUGUAUCACUGGCAUACUCUGGCUCUAUUUUGUGCAAUACUUUGCUCUGACAGCAUAUUAGGGGAGGUAGGAGUAUUCCUGGUGAGCAAAGCGCACUUAUUUAACACCAGUUGACCCUUAUUUUCUAUUACCUUAAAAAAAAAUUGAGGUCUAAUUUACACACAAAUUGAUUUUUGCAUGUGGUAUGAGGUAGGGCAUGAGGUUCUUUAUUUUCCCAUGUGAAUGCUUAGUUUUUCCAGCACCAUUUGUUGGAAAGAGUUUCCUUUUCCUAUUUAAUUGCUUUGACAUCCUUACAGGAAAGUCAUUUGACUGAUAUAUAUGGGUCUAUUUCUGGACUCUCUGUCAUGUUCCAUUGAUCUAUUUGUCUGUCUCUUUGCCAGUAUCAUACUGUCUUGAAUGUUGUAGCUUUACCAUAAGUCUUCAAGUCAGGUAGGUAGGUCUUGCAACUCCUAUUUUUCAAGACUGUUUUGACUCUUCUUGGUCCUUUGUCUUUCCAAAUAAAUGAAAAUCACCUUGUCGAUUUCCAGGGGUGAAAAGCUUGCUGGAAUUUUAAAUGGGAUUGUCUUGAAUCUGUUGAUUAAUUGUGCAUGUGUGUGUGUGUGUGUGUGUGUGUGUAGAUUGUCAUCUCAACAGUAUUGAGACUUUCAAUUCAUGAGCAUGGCAUAUCUUUCUAAUAAUUUAGGUGUUCGUUAAUUUCUCUCAGCAAUGCGUUAUAGUUUCCAGCGUAGAUGUCUUAUAUUAUCUUUUAUUAAAUAAUCCUAGAUUUUUAUGUUACUGGAAAUAGUAUUGUUUUUAAAUUUCAUUUUCUAAUUUUUCAUUCAUGGUAUAGAGAAAAACUAUUGAUUUUUGUAUAAUCUAUAUGCUUUUGAAAAAUAAGAGGUACAGAGUGCUCUAUUCUCACACCAUAUUGCAGUUCCUUCUGCCCUGUACCCUAAGACUAAGCCACUUCCGCAUAAUCUUAGGCUUCUACUGCAGGAUAUAGGUUGGGAGAGCUCACUCAAGAACAUACUGCCCCAAGUCUAGUAUGGGUGACUUGUUCGUUCAUUUGCAUAACAAAUAUUAUUAACGGCUUUGUAAUAUUAUUAACUGCAUAUGAGACAAUGUCCUAGCUGCCAAGAAUGCAGCAGUGAACAAAGCAGAUAUAACUCCUGCCUUAGCGGACAUGUCCAUUAAAUGUCUUUUACAAGUCUAAUAAAUGGUACAAAACAGAAAUACCGGGAUGCCAAGAAAACGUAUAUUAGAGAGGCCUGGCCUAGUCUGCAGAAUCAGGGAAGGCUUCUUUCCGACAGUGGUAUUUAAGGAUGGGUAGAAAUUAGCUAGGCAAUAAGGAAAGUAAAGAAGUCUUGGUUAGGCAGAUAUGUAAUUAUCCCAAAGAAAGAAAGGUGAGACUGUUUCGAUCAAUUGAAAAGGGCUUUUUUUUUUAGGGAGGCUAGAAAUGGAAAAUAAUUAGAUGAGGCUAAUAAGGUAGGCAGAGCCUUAUAUGCCAUAUUAAAUAUUUUAUUCUAAGUACCCUUGUACUUAGGAGCCAUUUAAUGGUUUUUAAAAAGGCAGUGACAAGAUAGGAUUUGAAUAUUUAAAAUAUCACUCUGGCUGCUCUGUGGAGAAUGAAUUUAUGAGGGUUACAAACGGGAGUAGGGAUACCAGAUGGGAGACUGGCAAUGUUCCUGGUAAGAAAUGGUGCUGCCUGGGAUUAAAGGGGUGGCAGUGGAAAGAGAAAUAAAUGAGUGUACUGGAGAUAUAUUUAGGAAAUAGAUUCAACAGGACUAAAUAACAGAAGAGGUGAAAGGUAAUCUCCACGAGAGCAGUUUGAACUUGCCCAGAGGCAACCCUAUGUAGCACCGUUCUACUCUGAAACACAUGGGGUAGCCAUCAGUCAGAAUAGACUCAACAGCAACUCUGUAUAUAUACACACAUAUGUAUACAUCCAUUAUUAUAUGUAUAUACACAUCCUUAUUUCUAAAUACUUCAUUGUGUAUUUCCUAAGGACAAGGACUUUUUUUUUACAUAACUGAAGUACGAUAAUGAAAAUCAGAAUGUUUAACAUGUAUACAAUCUAAUCUACAGUCCAUAUUCAAAUUCCACCAAUUUCCCCAAUAAUUUCCUGUAUUAUAUAUAUAUAUAUAUAUUUAUGUGCAGAAUCACACAUUGCACGUAGUUGUCAUGUCUCUCUAGUUUUCUUUAAUCUGAAACAGUUCCUCAGCCUUUCUUUGUCUUUCAUGACAUUGCAAUUUUUAAAGACUAUAAGCUAUUUAUUUUGUAGCAUGCCCCUUAAUUUGGGUUUGUUUUAUGUUCCUUCAUGAUUAGAUUCAAGUUAUGUAUUUUUGGCAGUAUAUUAGUUAUCUAUUGCUGUGUAACAAAUUACUCCCAAAUUUAGUGGCUUAAAACAACAAAUAUUUAUUAUUUCAUAGGUUUUGUGGAUCAUGAAUCUGAUGGCUCUUCUGAGCACCCCUGCCUCAAAGCCUUUCACAAAGGUACAAUCAAGGUGUCAGCUAGGGCUCCUGUCUUGUCUGAAGGCUCAACUGAGAGAGCAUCGUUUCUAAGCUCUCUCACAUGAUUUUUGGCAAGGCUCAGUUCCUUGUGGGCUGUUGGGGUGACGGCUCCAGUUUCUUUCUGGAUGUUGUCUAGGGGAUUCCCUCAGUUACCUUGCAACGUGGACCUCUCCAUAGGGCAGCUCAAAACAUGGCGACUGGCUUCCAUCAAAGCAAACAAGAGUGUCAGAAAGGGCAAGCAAGAUGGAAGCCACAUCUUGUAAACUUAAUUUUUGAAGUGACAUCCCAUCACUUUUGCCGUAUUCUGCACAUUAGAAGCAAGUCACUAGGUCCAGUCCACACUCAAGUGAAGGUAAUUUUUAAACUCUUUAUAAUAAUUUCUUCUAUACUUAUUAGUGGAAACCUUGUGGUGUAGUGGUUAAGUGCUACAGCUGCUAACCAAGAGGUUGGCAGUUCAAAUCCAGCAGGUGCUCCUUGGAAACUCUAUGGGGGAGUUCUACUCUGUCCUAUAGGGUCACUGUGAGUCAGAAUCGACUCGGCGGCAGUGGGUUUGGUUAGUGGGUAUACUUAUUAGUUGGCAUUAUACUGUAAGAAAAAGCUUUCUCUUCUCCUUUAUUCUUUUAUGGCCCAUAUGCAUUUUCCUUUCUUUUCUACUUUCCCUGCUUCAGUCCUGGAAUGAGCCAUUUACCCCAAAAGCCCUGCUUCUUUUGGUAAGGCACAAUGUUUACAAACCAACAUCUGGGUGCUAAGUAUAUUCAUUGCUAAUUGGGUGUCACUGUUGCCAGGUCUUUUCAUCAGACAGAGGCAGGAAAUAUACUCACAAACACAUCUCUAUCUACACACACCCUCAGAAUCAUGAGUUCACAUUGAUACUUCCAGUUCAACUCCCUUCCCCCCUUCCAUCUUUGUAUCUUCCUUUUCCAACAGUGAGAACCCUAACUCCCAAUAUUAUGCAUGUAUUUACUCAUUUGCUUGAUCUGGCGAUACACAGAAAGUGGUUUCAGAAUUGCAUGUCAGUGUGAAAAACCAACAUAUUAAAUAGAGUUCAAGAUUUGGUUGCAACUGUUUGUCUUUAGACUGAGGGUAUAUGGUCUAACUACUAUAUUCAAAUGUUCAAAAGCACUCUGUUGAAAAGUUACUUGUAGUGUGGUUAUGUUAUUCAUUUGAAAUACACUUAAGUUCAUUUUUUUCUAUUAAAUGCAUUUUUAGAGUCUUUCCCCAUCUUUGUUGGUUUAGUAUUAUUUUUGAAUAUUAAAACAUUAACAUAGUUAAAGUCAAAACAAUACCAAAAAAGUACACUCAGAAAAUUGUCACUCCCUCCUCUAUCUCUUUUCUCUCCUUUACACCAUCUACUGUAGAUACAGCUCUUUGCAUAUGUAAGUAUAAUACUUGAAAAGAGUUGAACAGAGGAUUUCAAAGGGUGGCUUGAGAAGACGAAAUAUUAUAACGACAUGUCCAAAGACCUGGAGAUAGAAAACCAAAUGGGAAGAACACGCUCAGCAUUUCUCAAGCUAAAAGAACUGAAGAAAAAUUCAAGCCUUGAGUUGCAAUAGUGAAGGAUUCUACAGGGAAAAUUUUAAUUGAUGCAGGAAGCAUUAAGAGAAUAUGAAAGGAAUACACAAUCACUGUACCAAAAAGAAUUGGUCAAUGUUCAGCCAUUUCGGGAGGUAGUAUAUGAUCAGGAGCUGAUGGUACUGAAGCGAGAAGUCCAAGCUGCACUGAAGGCAUUGGUGAAAAACAAGGCUCCAGGAAUUGAUGGAAUAUCAAUUGCGAUGUUUCAGCAAAUGGAUGCAGUGCUGGAAGUGCCCACUCAUCUAUGCCAAGAAAUUUGGGAGACAGCUACCUGGCCAACUGACUGGAAGAGAUUCAUAUUUAUUCCUAUUCCCAAGAAAGGUGACCCAAACGAAUAGGAAAAUUAUUGAACAAUAUCGUUAAUAUCACACUCAAGUAAAAUUUUGCUGAAGAUCAUUCAAAAGCAGCUGCAGCAGUACAUCAACAGGGAACUGCCAGAAAUUCAAACCAAAUUCAGAAGACGUGGAACCAGGGUAUCAUUGCUGAUGUCAGAUGGAUCCUGGCUGAAAGCAGAGAAUACCAGAAAGAUGUUUACCUGUGUAUUAUUGACUAUGCAAAGGCAUUGGACUGUGUGAAUCAUAACAAAUUAUGGAUAACAUUGCAAAGAAUGGGGAUUCCAGAACACUUAAUUGUGCUCAUGAGGAACUUGUACAUGGAUCAAGAGGCAGUCGUUUGAACAAAACAAGGGGAUACUUCAUGGUUUAAACUCAGGAAAGGUGUGUGUCAAGGUUGUAUCCUUUCACCAUAACUAUUCAAUCUGUAUGCUGAGCAAAUAAUCUGAGAAGCUGGACUCUAUGAAGAAGAAUGGGGGCAUCAGACUUGGAGGAAGACUCAUUAACAACCAGUCUUAUGCUGGUGACACAACCUUGCUUGCUGAAAGUAAAGAGGACCUGAAGCACUUACUGAAGAAGAUCAAAGACCACAGCCUUCAGAAUGGAUUACACCUCAACAUAAAGAAGGCAAAAGUCCUCACAACUGGACCAAUACGCAACAUCAUGAUAAAUGGAAAAAACGUUGAAGUUGUCAAGGAUUUCCUUUUACUUGGAUUCACAAUCAACACCCAUGGAAGCAGCAGUGAGGAAAUCAAACAACAUAUUGCAUCAGGCAAAUCUGCUGCAGAGACCUCUUCAAAGUGCUAAAAAGCAAAGAUGUCGCUUUGAGAACUAAGGUGCCCUGGGCCAAAGCUAUGGUGUUUUCAAUUGUCUCACACACAUGGGAAAGCUGGACAGUGAAUAAGGAAGAGGGAAGAAGAAUUGAUGCCUUCGAAUUAUGGUGUUGGCAAAGAAUAUUGAAUAUACCACGGACUGCCAGAAGAACAAACAAGUCUAUCUUGGAGGAAAUACAGCCAGAGUGCUCUUUGGAAGAGAGGAUGGCAAGACUCUGUCUCACAUACUUUGGACAUGUUAUCAGAAGGAACCAGUCCCUGGAAAAGGAUAUCAUGCUUGAUAAAGUAAAGCUUUAGCAAAAAAGAGGAAGACCCUCAAUGAGAUGGAUUGACACAGUGGCUACAGCAAUGGGCUCAAACAUAAGGAUUGUGAGGAUGUUGCAGGACCAGGCCGUGUUUCGUUCUGUUGUACAUAGUGUCGCUAUUAGUCGGAACUGACUUGCUUUAGCUUCAUCCUACAGAUUUUGAUAUGUUGUGUUUUCAUUUUCAUUCAUUUAAUGUAUUUUAGUUUCCCUGAGAUUUCCUCUUUGACGUAUAGGUUAUACAGAACUGUGUUGUUUUAUUUCCAAGUGUUUAGAAAUUUUCCUGUUGUUAUUUAUUUAUUUAUGAUGUUGAUUUCUAGAUCAAUUCCAGUAUGGUCAAAGAACACAUUGUGUAUGAUUUCACUUAAAAUUUUUUUUUUAAUUUGUUUCAUGACCCAGGAUAUGAUCAGAAUGUUCCAUGCGUGCUUGAAAAGAGUGUGUAUUCUGCUGUUGUUGGGUAGAAUAUUCUAUAACUGUUGGUUAAUGGUAUUGUUCACUUCUGUAUCCUUGCUUAUAGUUGUUUCAGUUGUUGAGAGAAGAAUGUUGAAGUCUCCAACUAAAAUUGUGGAUUUUUCUAUUUUACCUUUCAGUUCUAUCAGUUUUUGCUUUAUGUAUUUUGAAGCUAUGUUGUUUGGUAUAUACACAUUUAGGAUUGCUAUGUCUUCUUGGUAGAUUGACACUUUUAUCAUUAUGCAAUGUCCCUCCUUGUCCCAGCAAUUAUCUUUGGGUACAUACACAUUUAAAAUUGUUAAAUCUCUUUGACAAUUGGACACUUUUAGCAUUUUGAAAUAUCUCUAUCUCUGCUAAUAUAUUUUGUACCAAGGUCUACUUUUUUGAAUAUUAAUAUAGCCCUUGAGCAUUCAUAUAAUUAGUGUUUUCGUGGUAUAUCUUUUUUCAUCCCUUAUAUAGAAAGUGCAUUUUCUGUUGAUAGAUAUACUUAGUUCUUGCUUUUUUUUUUAAGCCAGUUUGACAAUCUCUGCCUCUUAAUUGAAAUAUUUAGACCACCUACAUUUAAUGUAAUAUUGAUAUGAUUGGAUCAGUCUACCAUCUUGGUAUUUAUUUUCUUCUUAUCCUUGUUGUUUAUUCCUUCUUUCAUCUUUUUCUACCUUCUUUUACAUUAACCGACUAUUGUUUAGUACCCCACUUUAUCUCUGGUAUUAGUUUAUUAUAUAUCUUCUUUGUUUAAUUUUUUAAGUAAUGGUCCCAGGACUUACAAUAUGCAUCUUUCACUUAUUACCAUCUACUUUCUAACAAUAUACUUUCAUUUCCCACAUCUGGUUUUUUGAACUAUUGUUGUCGCACAUUUUAUUUCCGCAUGUAUUAUAAGCCCCACAAUAUGCUGUCAUUAUUUUUGCUUUAAAUGGUUAAUUAUCUUUUAAAGAAAUUAAAAAGUGAGAGGAAAAGUCAUUAAUAUUUACCUGCAUUUUUAUCAUUUAUGUCACUCAUUUCUUUAUGUAGAUGCAAAUUUCCAUCUGGUGUCAUUUUCCUUCAGCCUGAAGAAUUUCCUUUAACAUUUCUUAUAGUGCAGGUCUGCUGAGCAUGAAUUUUCUCAGCUUUUGUUUGUCUGAAAUAAAAAUCUUCAUUUUAGAAUUCUGUGUUGACAGGGCUUUUCUCUUUCAGCACUUUAAAGAUGUUGGUCCUCUGUUUUUUGUCUUGUAUUGUUUCUGAUGAGAAGUUUGCAGUCAUUCUUAUCUUUGUUUCCCUAUACUUGAUGCUUCUUUUUUAUCUGCCUGCUUCUAACUUUUUUUCUACCAUUGGUUUACAGCAAUUUGAUUACUAUGUACCUUGGUGUAUUUUUCUUUAUGCUUACCUUACAUGGGGUUUUUUGAACUUCUUGAAUCUGUGGGUUUAUAAUUUUCUUCAAAUUUAGAAAGUUUUGGGCACAUUUAUGCAUAUAUUAUUUCUGCUUCCCCUCCAACACCACCACCAAACCCUGAAACUCCAACUACACUUAUGUUACAUCACUUGAUAUUUUCCCACAGCUCAUUGAGGUUCUAUUUUUUCCCCCAGUCUUUUUUCUCUGUGUGCUUCAGCUUGGGUAAUUUCUAUUGCCAUGUUUUCAAGUUCAGUGAUCUUUUCUUCUUUAAGGUCUAAUCGGCUGCUAAUCCCGUUUCAUGAAGUUUCCAUUUCACAUAUUGUAUUUUUCACCUUUAGAAGUUCCAUUUGAAUCUUGUUUUUGUUUCAUUUCUCACCUCAUUAUCUUCAUGUUUUCCUUUAAAUUCUUGAGCAUAUGUAUAAUAGCUGUUUUAAAGUCCUUGUCUGCUAAUUUCAUCAUCCCUGUUAUUUCUAUUGAUAAUUUCCUUUCUGGUUUUGGGUAAAAAUUGGCUGCUUUUUUACGGGUCUAGUAAUGUUUCUAUCUCUAAAAGAUACAUUUUUGAGUGUUUGGAUUUUGUUGCCUUUCUUUAAGAAUUUUUUUUUUUAUGUGUGUGUGGUAAAUAGUAUGUGGUAAUAAAACAUUUGCCAUUUCAACAAUCUUCACGUGUUCAGUGACAUUAAAUAUGUUCAUUGUGUUGUUCAACCAUCACCAUUCCUGAAGUUUUCGAUCGCCCUUAAGAGAAGCUCAUAGCAGAUACAUGAGAAAAUGCUCUCGAUCAUUAGCCAUUAGAGAAAUGCAAAUGAAAACUAAGAUGAGAUUCCAUCUCACUCCAACAAGGCUGGCAUUAAUCCAAAAAACACAAAAUAAUAAAUGUUGGAGAGGCUGCAGAGAGAUUGGAACUCUUAUACACUGCUGGUGGGAAUGUAAAAUGGUACAACCACUUUGGAAAUCUAUAUGGCGUUAUCUUAAACAGUUAGAAAUAGAACUACCAUACAACCCAGAAAUCCCACUCCUCAGAAUAUACCCUAGAGAAAUAAGAGCCUUCACACAAACAGAUACAUGCACACCCAUGUUUAUUGCAGCUCUGUUUACAAUAGCAAAAAAGCUGGAAGCAAACAAGGUGUCCAUCAAUGGAUGAAUGGUUAAAUAAAUUGUGGUAUAUUCACACAAUGGAAUACUACGCAUCGAUAAAGAACAGUGACGAAUCUGUGAAACAUUUCAUAACAUGGAGGAACCUGGAAGGCAUUAUGCUGAGCGAAAUUAGUCAGUUGCAAAAGGACAAAUAUUGUAUAAGACCACUAU